AUAUAUAAAAAAACAGACAUGCUCUUCUGCAGCUGCUGUGUUCUUGCCUCUUCUUCCUCCUCACUCUCUUCUUCUUCCACCUGCUCCCCUUUCUUCAUGUAAUAAAUAGAGUUGGUGUUGUCGUCUCUUGCUUUCUGUCCUAAGCGAAGAAAAAACCAGACAUAGAAGAUAAGUAAUUGAUCCUUUUUUCCCUUUUCCUCGAGGUGAAUUCUCCAGAUAGAAUUAGUUUGCCCUUUUUUUGCCGGAAAAGAAGAGCCCGUGUCGUGUUGAAGAGGGAAGGAAACACGGAGAGAGAAUUUGAAGAUUCAACAAAGAAAAAGGGUUUUGCCUUUCUCGUCUUUUCGUGGUGAUUUUCGUGUUUUCUUUUGAAUUUCGAAUCGAGAAGACAGGUUUUUGUCGUUUGAAAGUUUCGGGAGGGAAGGGGGGGAAAAAGGGGCAUCGAUUCUUUUUUGACGUCGUCUUGUAAGAAAAUGGGGGAGAGGCUGUGAGUAUUGUUUUCGUGUGUUCUUACGACACGAGAAGAAAAUUAGGGAUUUUGUCUUAUCUGUGUCAAAAUAUUUGGGGAUUUCUGGGGCGAUGAUGUCUAGGUUGUGAAACCCAACAAACACUCUCUUUUCAACAAAUCUCUUUGGUGGGUGGAGCUGAAAUUCGUCAUGCAAAGGGUACACGACAAUCCGAUUGGCUCCUCCGGAGGAACUCCGACCACCGUUAUUAAGCAUUUCAUCAAACACGGUGGCGGAGUUGGCGGCGGCACAACGGCGGCGAUGGAGGUUUUCGAGGUGGCGAGCGAUAACACCGCGGCGGAGAUGCAGGAACCGAGCAUCGACACGGAUAAGCUCAGCUAUGAGAUUUUCUCGAUUCUCGAGAGCAAGUUCCUCUUCGGGUACGACGACCCAAAGCUCAUGGUUCCCCGGGCCCUCGAACCCGUGACUCCGGCUGCGGCGGCGGCGGAGGACGGGGGCGGAGUUCCGGGUUCGAUCAAGAACCAGAGAGGCAAAAUCUGUGUCCUGAGCAUCGAUGGAGGGGGCAUGAGAGGGAUUUUGCCGGGCAAGGCUUUGGCGUAUCUAGAAAACGCCCUGAAAUCGAAAUCCGGCGAUCCAAAUGCCCGAGUCGCCGAUUACUUUGACGUCGCCACUGGCUCCGGCAUCGGAGGUAUCUUCACCGCGAUGCUAUUCGCGUCGAGCGACGGGAACCGGCCGAUCUUCCGGGCGGAGGACACGUGGCGGUUCCUGGCUCAGAACGGCGGGAGCUUCUACAAGCCCGGACGCGCCUCCUCCUCGGGGCUCCUAAAUCGGGUCAUGAGAACCGGGUCCGGGUCGGGCACGGCGAAGCUGGAGAAGGCAAUGAAGGAGGCAUUUUCCGACCUAACACUCAAAGACACGCUCAAACCUGUUCUAAUCCCAUGUUACGACCUCUCGAGCUCUGCGCCAUUCUUGUUCUCACGAGCCGACGCGCUCGAGACGGACAGCUACGAUUUCAGGCUGUGGGAGGUUUGCCGGGCUACAUGGGCUGAGCCGGGUGCGUUCGAGGCCGUGGAGAUGGCGUCCGUGGACGGCUCGACAAGGUGUUUGGCCGUGGACGGAGGCUUGGCGAUGAGCAACCCGACCGCGGCUGCGAUCACGCACGUGCUCCACAACAAGCAGGAGUUCCCAUUCGUGAGGGGCGUGGAGGAUUUGCUUGUCCUGUCUCUGGGGACGGGUCAGGCUUUGGAUGUGAACUAUGGUUACGAGCGGGUGAGACGGUGGAAGCCCAAGCAUUGGGCUCGCUCUGUGGCCCGUAUAUCAGCCGGGGACCAGGCCGUGGCCAUGGCGUUUGGUCAGUGUCGGAGUAGUAACUAUGUCCGGAUUCAGGCGAACGGGUCGAGCUUUGGCCCGUGCAGACCAGACAUAGAUACAGAUCCGAGCCCGAGCAACGUGAACAUGCUGAUGGGAGUGGCGGAGGAGAUGCUGAAGCAAAAGAACGUAGAAUCCGUCCUGUUUGGAGGCAAAAGAAUCGAAGAACAGAGCAACUUCGAGAAGCUGGACUGGUUGGCCGAGGAACUCGUGAGGGAGCACCAGCGGAGAAGUUGCAGGAUCGCUCCCACCGUCGCGUUCAAGCGAUCCGCCCACCGGACUAGCCAGAAGACGGCGGCGGCGGCGGCGAACGACGACAUCAUCGGUGGAACCGCGAGAGAAAGGUGAACAUCAUCAACAAGGGGCUUGUGAGUAUAUGAUAAAUUCUCAAAGUUCUUAUUACAAGUCCCGAUAGAUUUUUUUUUUACUUGUCAAGAUUCCGAGAAAAAAAAAUUGUAUAGUUUCGGGCUGUUCUCCAAGAACAACAUCGAUCGUAGAAAAGGGUUUCACUUGUGGUCUCAGAGACAUUCAUCAUUGGUUUUGUGUUUUGUUCCCUCCGCUUAUUUCGGCGUCUUUGCAUAGACAGAAUGAUUCUUAUUUCUAAGCUUUAAGUGUCCUUUUCAGACUUCUC